GUGGAAAAUUUAGCACUGGUGUCAACCCAGAGGGCAUCAGGUUCUACAAUGAACUCAUUGACAUGCUAAUCAAAGAAGGAAUUGAGCCAAUGGUUACUAUCUUCCACUUUGAUGUUCCCAAGUGCUUGGGGGAUGAAUACGGAGGCUUCUUAGACCGCAGAAUUGUGGAUGACUUUGCGCAGUAUGCUGAAGUGUGCUUUCAAGCAUUUGGCGAUCGAGUCAAAAUUUGGACCACGAUAAACGAGCCGAGCACAUUCACGACACUUGGAUACGUAAACGGACAAUUUCCCCCAGGGCACGGAACUCCUCCAGACGAACUCGGACACAAAGUUGUACUACACAGAUGUCAUCCGGACACUGACAAAACUUGCCAUAGAACCGAGAAUGCCGCUACCGAGCCUUACAUCGUGGCUCACCAUUUGAUUGUUGCUCAUGCUACGGCUGUUCGUAUUUAUCGCGAAAAGUAU